AUGUGGUCAACACUUCCGGCGUGGUUAAUCACAAUUUGCGUAUGCGCUUGCGCUCAACGCAUCGACCAGGAGCCCUUGCUUUCUCCACGCCAGUCGCGGGUUCGAGACCGGGAAGUGAAACCUGAUGAACCUACCUGUGACCAGCUGAAGGCUAUGUGGAGGUUUUCGAAAAGGCAAGCCCGAGCUCCUGAAAUUAUGAACGAGGUUAAUUCCUACCGCGAUCCGUUGCUGUACAAUGAAUGGCCCGUCUACACAGCCGUGCCUAGGGCUGCCCCAAGAUUCCGCUACCAGUACCCGGCUAUGCCACGUGAAGCCUAUGGUCGAGUGAUUACGAAGGCACCUCCGAAUGUCGUCCGCACACCCGACUAUGGAGAAAUGUUCGGAAUGCUGAACGUUCCCCAUACAUCUGGCAAAAUCCUGCGGUUCCCGGGACCUUCAAGACCUCGAGGCGGGUCCACUUUCAUGGUGCCACCUCAACGGGACAGAUUUGAGGCACUGAAGAAGCUUAUAAGACAAGAACAUAUCCGCGAACUACAGAGGAAAUAUGAAACAGAGCAGAAACAUGAACUGAAGGAAAUCGUUGCGGGUAGAGGCAAUGAGGAGUAUCCGUAUGGGGCGUAUGGUGAGCAGGAACCUCGGGGCCUGCAGCCCCUUGAGUACGCAGCUGACGACCCCACCGCUAGGCACAACAAGAAACCAACUGCCGGCAGCCGUCAAGUAUCCCAGUUCUCGCGUUACUCCGAUGUGAUGCUUCCACCAGUUCGCCGUACCGUUUACCCGUUCAUGGACUACCCUAUCCCUGAAUAUAUCCCAUACUACUGA